CCUGAGCAGUCAGCAGAUAACUACUACCUCGACCUUAUCGCCCGGCUGCUCCGACUACCCCACUCGCCUGGAGUCAUGGCUGUCAUAGGCCAGACUGUACUCCGUAGUAUACUGAUUAGAGUACCUGUGGCUCAGGUCAACCCGGGCACCCGCCAUGGUAGUAGCUCCGCAUUCAAUAUGACGUAGACAUUCUUACGGUCUUUCUUUCUUGCGACCCUCGUGUUCUUGAGAUCACAGAGUUUCUCAAUCUCCUGGUCUUCCUCCCAAUUCUCUUCUAUUUCUCCCUUCUCCCUUCUCCAACCCCAAUCCUCUCGUGGCGCGGAGAUCUCAUAGACAUUCCAAGAAGCCUUCUCCACAAACCACCCAAGAGUCAUGACGAAAUUCACUUUUGCCAAUUCCUCCCAAAAGGUUCCCGGCGAUGGAAUCCUCCCCGCUGAAUUUGCUAUCAAAGCAGCCCCUUCCACAGAUGCCUGGUCCAAACCUCCGUCCACGGACAUCUUCAACGCACCCAUCCUAUACCAGACCGUUCCAUUGAAGUCGUUCAAGCGGGUUCGAGUCGCUUUCAAUGCGCUCUGGCAACAAAACUAUGACCAGGGUGGACUUAUUCUGGUCCUCAACGGCCCGGGCGGGACCCGGAAAUGGGUCAAGACUGGCAUUGAGCUCACCCGCGGCCGACCUCACCUGAGUACCGUCACCAAGGACAAAUGGGCGGAUUGGAGUCUGCAGCCGGUCCCAUCGGGGGGUGGCGCGGCGACACUAGAGCUUGUCAAAGAGGCGGACAACAGCCUGUGGAUUUAUCUUGUGGAGGGCAUCCAGAAGUCUCCACUUCGAGAGAUCACCUGGAUAUUCGAAGAGCCGGAAGUUCAGGACUUCUGGGUUGGGCUAUACGCAGCUCGGCCCUCAAAGGAAGGGGAGGACCUGGUGGUGAACUUUGGCCAUCUGAUCAUUGAAGCGACAGAGUAAUGGGCGUUAAUGGACAAAUGUAAUUCAAGCAUGACGAACAUGACUAUCACGUCAUACAUAUAUUGUACUGAGUCGAGCCUGCAAUUGGAUACUUGGACUAUGUAUCUUCCGUGAGU